AUGCCCGCAUGGGUGGUCCUGGGGGAGCUGCUCUGGAUCCUGGUGGUCUCAGCCGCGGGGUCUUCCGAAGUCGAGGGUCGCCUGAGAGACAGCCUCUUCGUGGGUUACCACGUCGACGUGCUUCCCAUCCGCCGACUCGGGCAGAAGGUCCCCGUGCGGGUGGGGAUGUCCCUCUCGCAGCUGAUCAGCUUAAACGAAAAGGACGAAGAGCUGACCACAAAGGUUUACAUGGACCAGGAGUGGAUCGACUAUCGGCUCACCUGGAAUCCGGACGAAUUUGAGGGAAUCACGUCCAUCCGAAUCAGUGCAGACGAAGUGUGGCUCCCGGAUAUCGUUCUCAUGAACAACAACGAUGGCGUCUUCACAAUCGCCCUCAGCGUGGACGUCCUCCUGCACCACAACGGGAGGGUCCAGUGGCAGCCCCCAGCCCUGUAUCGGAGCAGCUGCGGGAUCCAGGUGACUUAUUUCCCGUUUGACUGGCAAAACUGCACGAUGGUCUUCCGCUCGUACACGUACGACGCCUCGGAGAUCACCCUCUUGCACCCCGUGGACGAGAAAGGGCAGGAGGUGAAGGAGAUCCUGAUAUACGAAAACACAUUUAUCGACAACGGGCAGUGGGAGUUUCAGCACAAACCGUCCCGCAAGAACACUCUCUCGUCGGACCCGCUCUACGAGGACAUCACUUUUUACCUCAUAAUCCGCCGUAAACCGCUCUUCUACCUCAUCAACGUCAUCAUCCCUUGUAUCUUGAUCACCAUCCUGGCCAUCUUCGUCUUUUACCUCCCGCCGGAUGCUGGUGAGACGCGUUGGGUUCUUUCGUGGUGGACCACGGGGGCGGUGGGGGUGCGUGUCGGUCUAGGACGACUCUCCACGGCUGAACUCGCCCUGGGACAAGAACAACAAUUCACGGAGUCGAAGUCCCCAUGUAAAAGUGCCUUUCGCACAUGCUCAGAAAACCCCUUGUCCUCCCUAUCCCGUAACUUGGACGUUGGACGUUCCUAUCCCGUACCUUGGACGUUGCUGAAGGAAGACUGGGAGUACGUGGCCUUCGUGGUGGAUCGUCUCUUCUUCUGGAUCUUCAUCGUCUUCACCACCAUUGGCACCCUCACCAUCUUCCUGGACGCCAGCCUCCACUUGCCCCCCGAGAAGCCCUUCCCCUGAGGAGACCCUCCCACCGGGAAAGCCGGACCCUUCCUCCCGGCCCAGGCCAGCCAGAGAAGGGCCAUCCAGAAGCUGGUGGAGAUGCCUUCAACCAUCUCCAUCUUCUCCAACCUGGUGGUCCUUGGACUGGAACUCCCGUUUCUUCUCCCCACCGGAAGG